AUGCCUAUAUUAUUCAGCGUUGUUGCCAGGGGUACAGUGGUUCUAGCGAAGUACGCGACGUGUGCCGGCAAUUUUACGGAAGUAACGGAACAAAUUCUCUCUAAAAUUCCCCCACAUGAUAACAAACUUACGUACUCACACGGAAACUAUCUAUUUCACUACAUUUCUGAAAACAAAUUGGUUUAUUUCUGCAUUACUGAUGACAAAUUUCAAAGAUCAAGAGCAUUUCUCUUUCUCAAUGAAAUUAAAAGAAGAUUUACGACUGUAUUCGGAGAUACUGCUCAGACAGCCAUACCAUAUGCCAUGAACAGUGAAUUUGCCAGGGUAUUGGCAACAGAAAUGAAGCAUUACAGUGAGUCAAAAGACCUCGAGACGAUUUCAAGAGUUCACGGUGAACUUGAUGAAUUGAAAAAUAUCAUGGUGAAAAAUAUUGAUAGCAUGGCAAUGCGAGGUGAAAAAUUGGAGCUUCUUGUGAACAAAGCUGAUAAUUUAGCGACCAGUUUCAUCGGAAGCAAUUGCGACGGUAUUCACUACCCCAUAGAGGACGACCCGCUUCCGGGUCGCGUCAGAUUGAUCCCGCUGGUGCUGGGGUGCGCCCCUCCCUGCCGUGUUCGGUCAUUUCCCGGCAAUCGCGCGCCGUCCUUUACCGCGAGAGGGCGCCGCGUGCGAGCUUAA